CCCCAUUCUUCCUCUCUCCCUCGUUCUCACACCACCCACAAACAAGCUCCUAUAAAAUCUCCCCCUUUUUCUCUCCACACCAAAACACUUUUCCUUCAAACUUUACCCAAUUUUUAAAAAUUAAACCAUAAUUUUCAACUCCCUAAAAAAAAACUUCCAAUUUUGCCCCUCCCUCCUCGAUUUUUCUCUCUCUUCCCCGUAGUUUCCGGCGAUGGAUGUCCGGCGACGACAACCACCACCGCCGCCGUCGGCACUUAAACGCAAAACCAUGGCCGGAGACGAGUCGCCGAAAGCCUCCGACGCUUUACCGCUUCCUCUUUACAUUACUAAUGGCGUUUUUCUAACCCUAUUUUUCGCUGUCGUUUACUUUCUCCUGCAACGUUGGAGAGAGAAGAUCCGGAAUUCCACGCCUCUCCACGUCGUUUCUCUCUCUGAAAUUUCUGCCAUCGUUGCUUUCUUAGCUUCCUUUAUCUACCUCUUAGGGUUCUUCGGCAUCGAUUUCGUUCAGUCUUUUAUCUCUCCUCGCUCAUCGUAUGAUGAUGAUGAGGAAGUUAUCGAUGAUGCUACUAAUGAACAGCAGAUUCUCAAGGAGGAUAAGCGAAUUUCUUGCGGAAUUCCAAUUCCUUUACCUGAGAAGAAAUUGGAGGUUCAUCAAUUGCCGAAAACCCUAGAUCUUACCCCUGAAGAUGAGGAAGUUGUUCAAUCUGUGGUUAGCGGUUCAACACCUUCGUAUUCGUUGGAAUCAAAGCUUGGAGAUUGUUUUCGAGCUGCGAAGAUUCGCCGUGAAGCGCUUCAAAGGAUGACAGGGCGGUCGAUUGUGGGGUUGCCAUUGGAUGGAUUCGAUUACGAUUCGAUUUUAGGGCAAUGCUGUGAAAUGCCUGUGGGAUUUAUUCAGAUUCCGGUGGGAAUUGCCGGUCCAUUGUUGCUAGACGGGAUUGAGUUUUCUGUACCUAUGGCGACGACGGAAGGAUGUUUGGUUGCUAGCACGAACAGAGGGUGUAAGGCAAUUUACUUGUCAGGUGGUGCUGCUAGUGUCAUCUUGAAGGACGGGAUGACUAGAGCUCCUGUUGUUAGGUUUGGAUCAGCUAGAAGAGCUGCUGACCUUAAAUUUUUCCUUGAAGAUCCAGCCAAUUUUGAGACUAUUUCUCUGGUUUUCAACAAGUCAAGUAGAUUUGCAAGGCUUCAGGAGGUUAAGUGUGCUAUUGCUGGGAAGAACUUGUAUGUCAGGUUUACUUGCAGAACUGGUGAUGCCAUGGGAAUGAACAUGGUUUCAAAAGGUGUUCAGAAUGUGUUAGAGUUCCUCCAGAGUGAUUUCCCUGACAUGGAUGUUAUUGGCAUCUCUGGAAACUACUGCUCAGACAAGAAGCCAGCUGCUGUGAACUGGAUAGAAGGAAGGGGGAAGUCUGUUGUUUGUGAGGCUGUCAUUGGGGAAGAAGUGGUGAAGAAGGUCCUUAAGACAGACGUGGCUUCCCUUGUUGAGCUAAACAUGCUUAAGAAUCUUACCGGAUCCGCAGUGGCAGGGUCACUCGGUGGCUUUAACGCGCAUGCUGCCAACAUCGUGUCUGCCAUAUACAUUGCCACCGGUCAAGAUCCAGCACAAAAUGUAGAGAGUUCUCAGUGUAUUACCAUGAUGGAAGCCGUUAAUGGUGGCAGGGAUCUACAUGUCUCUGUUAGCAUGCCUUCUAUUGAGGUUGGAACAGUGGGAGGCGGUACUCAACUAGCUUCUCAAUCAGCAUGCCUUAACUUAUUGGGAGUCAAGGGUGCAAACAGGGAAGCUGCUGGGGGAAACGCUAGGCUUUUGGCAACGGUUGUUGCUGGCUCUGUUCUUGCAGGGGAGCUCUCUUUGAUGUCUGCAAUUGCUGCUGGACAACUUGUGAGAAGCCACAUGAAAUACAAUCGAUCAAGUCGAGAUAUGUCUAAAGUAGUUGCUUCUUCUUAAAAAAAAGGCAUACUCCGAUAUAUAUGAUCAGAACUUCCUAUCUUCCUGAUCUAGUCGAAAGAAGAGGGAGAAAUACGAAAUUGAGAGGUCGGAAGUGGGAAAGAGAAAGAGAAAGGGAGGGAAACAGAGUGAUGAGGCUUAGUUGUAAUAGAAUAGAGAUUGUUUCCCUCUUGUUGUCUCUUUUUCAAGCUUUCUUGCAGGUUUGUGUAAAAUGGGGGAGAUGAGGAUGUAACCUUGUUGUCUGAGUUUCUUUGAAUACUGCAUAGUUCAAUCUUCUUUGUGUUCACUUUAAGUUUGCAUGUGUUUCAAAAAUAAGAGGAAAUGUCUAUAUUUUAUUUAUCA